UUGACAAGGAGGCGUUUCAAAAGUAGAUGUUGGAGAAGCUUAUAUGGAUUUGUUCCGUUAUGCUUGUUGGAGCACGACAUGGAGGGGUUUCUGUAGGUGUUGUGGAAAAGGAAUUUCGCACUGAAUUGUCUAGCCUUAUAACAGAACUAGCAUCAACAGCAACAAAUGAAAAGAGGUUAACAUUUGAAGAAGCCAUGGAAGAGUGCUUAUGUGCAUAUUCUCCAACUGUAGCCCUCUUUCCCACAACAGUUAAGGAGUUCAAAUGGAGAAAUGGUUGGUUUUGUUCUCUCUCUAAGAAGGCUACUGCCCAAGGCAAGCCAUACUCAUGUGCUUUGCAUUCCCAAUGGCUAAAACAGUUGAGAAUUGUAUGAAGCUUGAACUCUAGUGUGUGUGUGUGUGAUGUGUGCAGUAGGUUACCAGCUUCUAAGAGUUAUGUAGACUUAGGGUGUGUUUGACCUAUUCAACUCUCCCCUUUCUUUUAUUUUAUUACUUUGGAAUGUGUAAAACCUCCGUCCAGUCAUGGUGAAACGAGUUUCCAUACACACACUUAGCCACUAACAAGUGAUAUAGUUUCCUGAGUGUAAGUUUAAUUUAGUUAAUAAAGUUCAAAUUUCAUUUCCUUCCAUUA